AUGGACCUGAUCCCAAACUAUUCCAUGGAAACCUGGGUUCUCUUGGGAAUCAUCCUGGUGCUCCUCUAUCUAUAUGGGACCUAUUCACAUAGAUAUUUUAAGAAGCUGGGAAUUCCAGGGCCAACACCUCUGCCUUUUUUGGGAACUCUUCUUAAUUAUCGCCGGGGUUUGUCUUAUUUUGACACAGAAUGUUAUAAAAAGUAUGGAAAAACGUGGGGCCUGUUUGAUGGUUCACAACCUGUUUUGGCUACUACAGAGCCCAGCAUUAUCAAAACAGUGCUCAUCAAAGAAUGUUAUUCUGUCUUCACCAACCGGCGGGUUCGUGGUCCAGUGGGAUUUAUGAAAAAAGCCAUCUCCUUGUCAGAGGAUGAAGAGUGGAAGAGACUGAGAACACUCCUGUCUCCAACCUUCACCAGUGGAAAACUCAAGGAGAUGUUUCCCAUCAUUAACCAGUAUGGAGAUGUGCUGGUGAAAAACAUGAGACUGGAAUCAGAGAAGGGCAAGUUUAUCAACUUGAAAGACAUCUUUGGGGCCUACAGCAUGGAUGUGAUCACUGCUACAUCAUUUGGAGUGAAUAUUGAUUCCCUCAACAACCCACAAGAUCCUUUUGUGGAGAAAGUCAAGAAGCUCUUAAGAUGUGAUUUCUUUGAAUCUUUGUUCUUCUCAAUAACUGAGGAGAAUGGAAUGGAGGUGAAAGAGAAGCAGCGGAUGGAUUUUCUUCAGCUUAUGAUAAAUUCUCAGAAUUCCAAAGAUGUGAAAUCUCAUAAAGCCCUGUCUGAUCUGGAGCUUGUGGCCCAAUCAAUUAUCUUCAUUUUUGCUGGCUAUGAGACCACUAGUAGUGCUCUUUCCUUCAUAUUGUAUGAACUGGCCACCCAUCCUGAUGUCCAGACCAAACUGCAGCAGGAGAUUGAUGCAGCUUUGCCCAAUAAGGCACCUGUUACCUAUAAUACCCUGAUGCAGAUGGAGUACCUGGACAUGGUGGUAAAUGAAACUCUCAGGUUGUACCCAAUUGGUGCCAGACUUGUCAGAAUCUGUAAGAAAGAUAUUAAAAUCAAUGGAGUAUUCAUUAGGAAGGGGACACUGGUGAUGAUACCAAUCUUUGUUCUUCAUCGCGACCCAAAGUAUUGGCCAGAGCCUGAGGAGUUCCUCCCUGAAAGGUUCAGUAAGAAGAACAAGGACAGCAUCGAUCCUUAUGUGUACAUGCCCUUUGGAAAUGGCCCCCGAAACUGCAUUGGCAUGAGGUUUGCUCUCAUGAACAUAAAACUUGCUCUUGUCAGAGUAAUGCAGAACUUCCUUUUCCAACCUUGUAAGGAAACACAGAUUCCUAUGAAAUUAGGCAAGCUAGGAAUUCUUCAACCUGAAAAGCCGAUUAUUCUGAAGGCUUUGUGCAGAGAUGGGACAAUUAGUGGAGCCUGA